AUGGCAAUCGGGAUUUCUUACGAUGAUGCAUUUAAUACCAAUAUUUACGAUAAUUCAUCAUUAUAUCCGGAUGGCACGUAUUCUAAUUUAAAUGGGACUUUUUACGAUAACUCUCUUAAUAUCUCUACAACCAGUAAUCACGAUAAUUCUGAUUGGGCUUCUUACGAUAUCGCUACGACUACAUAUACAAAUAAUCUUUACGAUAGCUCGUAUAUUGAUCCGUGUG